AUGGGACAUAUCCUGGUUCUUGCCGCGUUUACCUUUGCGGCCGUCACGGCUUCGUCCAUCCCCGACCGCCCUACUACUCUGCCCUUGACUUUGCCCAUCCUUCAAGAACGCUCAGAGCAGCCCAUCACUUGUCUCACUGGCAUCAAGCGCUCCCCAGAGCCUAUCAACAGCAAACGCGGAAUAGAAAAGAACUGCGGCAGAAGCCAGCGUGAUGUGACUCGAGCAUUCGCCUCGUGCGCUGCAAAGGCCCAGAAGGGUCGGGAAGCUGCCCUGAAAGGGGGAGAGUUGAUGAAGACUCUGUUCAAGAGAGAUGACGAGGCUACCCGCAAGCGAGUUGCCGACCAUUUCGAACAGAUUGCGAGUCAGUGUGGCGCCAAGGAGAAUAGUGGUGUCUCUGUCAACUGUGGACAGUGUGAGCAGGGCAUCGCGGGAAAGGCAUACAAGGGAAGUGGCCCCAUUACGCUUUGUAGCGUAGCCCUCGCGGACACGCAGAGCACGACACAAUGUGGUGGUCAGGACCUUGAUGAUGUACUUUUACACGAAAUGUCCCACGUCUUGGGAAGUACAGACGAUCUUGGUUAUGGCUUGGAGGCUUGUAAGCAGCUUGAUGCUCAGAGAAGCCUUCAGAACGCGGAUAGUUAUACAAAGUUUGCUCGGGCCGCCACAUUGAACUGCAGUGUUGGAGGCCCUAGCGGUCCCGGAAGUGACGGUCCUGGAAGCGGUGGUCCGGGUGGUGAUGGCGAUGAUGGAGGGCCUUCCUCCCCGCCUGGUCCCAGCAAUCCCAACAAUCCCAACAAUCCCGGCAGACCUGGCAGACCCGGGAGCGGCGGCCCUGGAAGCGGCGGCCCUGGAAAGCCUGGCAAGCCUGGUAGACCUGGUAGACCUGGUGGUGGUGAUGGUGGUGAUGGCCCAUUAUCCCCCCCUGGCACUGGCGGUCCUGGUAAGCCUGGUAAGCCUGGUAGACCAGGAAGUGGCGGCCCAGGAAGCGGUGGCCCCGAAGGUCCUGGAAGCGGUGGCCCUGGUGGUGAUGGCGGUGAUGGCUCUUUAUUCCCCCCAGGAACCGGUGGCCCUGGUGGUGAUGGUGGCCCUUUCCCUCCUUUCGAUGACGGCAAUGGCAUUGAUGGUGGUGACGGUGGCCCUUUCCCUCCUUUUAAUGGCGGCAAUGGUAUUGAUGGUGGUGACGGUGGCCCUUUCCCUCCUUUUAAUGGCGGCAAUGGUAUUGAUGGUGGUGACGGUGGCCCUUUCCCUCCUUUUAAUGGCGGCAAUGGUAUUGAUGGUGGUAACGGUGGCGAUGGAAACAACCCCUUCACUUUCCCUCCCACCACGGGUGGUCCUGGUGGCAAUCUCGGCCCCGGGGGUGUUCAACCCCCUCUGUCUCCAUUUGACGGCGGCAACGGCAUUGAUGGUGGUGGCGGUGAUGGGGGUUUCUUCUCUUCGUCGGGCAAUUUCCCUCCUCAGGGCGCCCCUCCUCCCGGAGGCAUCUCUGCCUUCAAUGCCCCUACUGCCCCUCAAGUUUUGCCUAUUCAAGAUUAUGAUCGUGUUGAGAGUUCAUAA